CCGUGGCAGGGGAUGUUCUUGGCGGUGCCCCAGGAGGUGCUCUCCGGCGACACGCUUAUGCUCAGCGUCUGGAUCGAUCUUGCCCCACCUUCCGCCGGCGCUCCCAACGAAGUCAACUACACCACAGGCCAGGGCAUCAAGGAGGAUGCAAUCAAUGCACUAUGGAUGCCCUCCGACCUCAACAGUUUUGACGACCCCGACUAUAUCGAGUUCACGGAAGGGCCGAAGGGGCCCUUGAAGGCCAACUCGGAGAAGGACAAUGAGGACAAGGAUAACAACAAGGAGCAUAAGAAGGAGGAGGAGGAGGAUGACGAUGACAAGGAGGAUGGCAAGGAGGAGGUGGAGGAGGACGACGACAACCAGCCGACGGUCCGUGCCAAGCAUCCUUGCCGAGACAAUGUCCUGGAGGGAGCAUCAAAGAAGAAGAAGGACUAGAUGUCCGCUACUAUAGCUAUGCAGCUUUAGUGUGAGGGUCCGACUUG